AUGGGUCGUACAAGUACUGCGCCGCGAAAGGUUGUCGCUAGUGGAUCAACCAAAAAGAAGUCGGCUAGUGUGGGAAAGCCGAUGCCGACGAUGACGCCGGACGAGCGGCGUCAUAUUCAAGAAUAUUUUACAUACCAACAGCCGAAGCAGUGUACUCCAGUGAACCCAGGCUACUUCACCACGACGGUGUUGUCAACAAGCAACCGGGGUGGUGUCCAAAUGGACUUUUCCGAGGAUGACCUCCUCGCAAGGGCAUUAGCCGACCUGAGAGACCUUCCCUCAAUGGUUCUGUCGCCCAUCAGCGACGACGACGAGGAAGACGUCUUCCAAUCCAAGCCGCCACCAGCCUCCGUCAAGAUGGCGAGGAAGAAAGUUAGUCGCCCUUCGAGUCGGACGGGUAAGAAAAGAGCGGACAAAGGGAAGGCGUCCGAGCUAUAUCAGUUGCUGCAGCAACCAUUUGCGGAUCAGACGACAUCCACAGCGACACCCCAAGCGGUCCCCCAGUCAGCGGUUCCCAUUGCAGCACCGGCCCCCGUCGAAGCUCCGGUCCCCGUGAAAGCACCGGCCCUCGUGGAAGCACCGGCCCCCGUGGAAGCAUCAGCCCCCGUGGAAGCAUCGGCCCUCGUGGAAGCAUCGGCCCUCGUGGAAGCACGGGCCCCCGUGGAAGCAUCGGCCCCCGUGGAAGCACAGGCACCCGUUGCAGCACCGGCCCUCGCCGCAGCAGCCCACACAGAGGAUGAAGACGAUUGGUUUCAGUGUUCCCAACCCGGUGAGUCCGACAUGGUAAGAUCCUUCCUCCGAUACUGGGACAAACACAAUCGGAGGGAGGAUGCAACCGAUCGUGAAAUAAAGGACCUCGACGAUCGCAUCGCCGGCAAGAGACAAAAGUGCGGGUGUUGA